GUGACAACAACGCAGACGGGCAGCCGCCUGUUGUUGCUGUUGUCUGCCGGUUUUACAGUUUUAUUGACUUCGUGUUAAACUUUAGUUUAAUAAAAUGUCUUCUGUGCAGCAGCUCGUGACGUCAUUCAUGGCGGAGUUCAUGUUGUCGGCGGAGACCUUAAUCUGUGACACACUGAAACCUGAAGACAAGACGGAGGUUCCGCUCGUUAACUUUGUUCUUUUAUGUCAUAAUGAUGAGACAGUGAGCUGUAAUCAAUAAUCAAUAAUGGCCGUGAUGAAGAGACUGUGUGCGUCUCUGCUGCAGGAGCUCAGGAGGCUGCUGGACGACGUCGUCUCAUCGAGGUCACAGGACGCUGCAGUCGAGCCGCAGCAGGACUCCGCCCCCUCUGCGGCGCAGGUGGAGGGAAUCAUCCAAUCAGAUGUUCCUCCAGGUGUAUCCAGCCAAUCAGCGGGCAGCGGACGGACCUUCAGCUGCAGCGUCUGCAGCCGCAGCUUCUCCAGACAGACCAACCUGAGCGCUCACCUGCGGGUGCACGGCAGGCUCCGCCCCUUCACCUGUCAGCUGUGCGGUAAAGGAUUCUCAGCUCAGAGCAGCGUCCGAGUCCACCGGCUCACCGUGCACAGCCAGCAGCGCCCCUACAGCUGUUCUUACUGCGGGAAGGUGUUCGGCACGCGGAGCCACCUGCGCACGCACCAGACGUCCAACCGGCAGCGCCGGCCGCCGCUCACCUGCUCGGCGUGCGGGGAGACGCUGGCGGCGGCGUGCUGCCUCCGAGGACACCGACUGACGUGUCGGAAAGCGCACGACAAGUUCAGGUGUGCGGAGUGCGGGAAGGAGUUCUCCAAACACAGCUACCUGUCCGCACACCUGAGAGUUCACCUGACUGACAAACCCUUCAAAUGUCCCACGUGUCAGAAAGGAUUCACCACGCGCCGCAGCGUGCACGUCCACCAGCGGAGCGUCCACAGAGGCCUGAAGCCGUUCAGCUGCAGCGUCUGCAGGAAGACGUUCAGCCAGCAGAGCGGCCUCCGGGUUCACCUGAGGACGCACACAGGUGAGCGGCCGCACACCUGCGAGCAGUGCGGCAACAGCUUCUCCAGCAGGAGCAGCCUGUCGGUGCACCGCCGCGUCCACACCGGAGAGAAGGCCUUCAGCUGCGACACCUGCGGGAAGAGCUUCAGCGUGUCGGCCAACCUGCGCCGUCACCGGCUCGUCCACUCCGGCCGCCGCGCGUUCAGCUGCGACGUGUGCGACCGCAGCUUCACUCAGGCGGGACACCUGAAGGUGCACCGCGCCGUGCACAGCGGGGAGUGGGCGUUCAUCUGCAACGCCUGCGGGAAGGGCUUCAGACAGCGCAGCGCGCUGCUGGUGCACGAGCGCAGCCACGCCGGCAUCAAACCGUACAGCUGCGGCGAAUGCGGCAAAAACUUCUCCUCGUCCACGUCACUGAAACGCCACCAGCUGGCGCACAGCGGGCAGAAAGCUCACACCUGUGAGGAGUGCGGGAAGAGUUUCACCACCGCUCAGGUCCUGAAGACGCAUCUGCAGCUGCACGGAGGCAAGAAAACGUUCUCGUGCGACGUGUGCGGCCGCAGCUACAGCUCACUGAACUACCUGAAGACGCACAGACGCAGCCACUCGGAGGGGAAUCCCUUCAGCUGCGCUCAGUGUCAGAAAACUUUCUCCACGCAGGCGAGUCUCAACCUGCACCAGCGCACGCACACGGGAGAGAAACCGUACGUCUGCGAGGUCUGCGGGAAGAGCUUCAGCGUGGCGCAGAACCUCGUCAGACACAAACGCGUCCACAGCGGCGAGAAGCCGUUCGAGUGCGGCGUCUGCGGGAAGAGCUUCAGUCAGGCCAACAACCUGAAGACUCACCAGCUGGUUCACACGGGACAGAAACCGUUCAGCUGCUCCGCCUGCAGCCGCAGCUUCACCUCCAUGAGGAGCCUGCGAGAGCACAAGUGUGUCUGAAAAACAUCAGCAGCAGGACGACGAGCGACAGAUCAGCUGUUAGUUUAGCGGGAACUGAAGGAUGAAGAAGCUUGAACUCUGCAGACAGAAGAGCUGAUUGUAUCACAGACAGACAGGAAGUACCGACGCUCCGCUCUUCAACUAGAAACAAUUCAAUGAAACGUAACAGAAAUGUUUACACACACAGUUUAACGACGUCUACAACACUGACCUCUGACCUCUGACCUCUGGAUGGUUCCUGUUUCACUUAUUUGUCUGUUUUUUUUACAAUCUAAAUCUAAUUUUAGUAAAAGUUAGUAGAGAAUUUAUUUCAUACGAUCAGUUUGAGUCACUAAAGCUGCUUUGAUCAUAUUAAAUCAAUUCUCACUUUAUUUCCUGACGAUGUUCACAGACUCUUUCUCUGUUUGUUUUCUCUGGAGGAAUAAUAAUAAUAAUAAUAAUAAUAAUAAUAAUAAAUCAGAUCCUGAUGAAUAGAAACAUGUUGAUGAAUUAUUAUUCAUUUGAUCCUCGUUAAUAGUUUUAAUAAAGAAACAUGAAGUUAAUAAAAUCAG